GGUGAUUGACCAAUAAGCAAUCAGGACGCUUUCUUGAAUUUUCCUGAGCGACCAGCUGCUACGUGUUGUGUUGUUUUGUGUUUAUUUUUGAUUUUUAUAUCAGCUAAGCCGCUUUAAAUACAUUUACAGAAGUUAUCUGUAAAUGCGACGGGCUGAGUUGUUAGUAGUUUAUAUUUAAACGCCAGGUCAUUGCUGCCGGUCGCGAUGUUGUUGGAGGACGUGAGGAAGCUGAAGGUGGCUGAGCUGCGGGCCGAGCUGCGGGAUCGAGGGCUGGACCCUAAAGGACUGAAGGCCGAGCUGGUGGCUCGUCUCCUGUCAGCCAUCGAGACUGCAGAACCUGACAGAAGUGUAGAUUUAAAAGCUUUAGACACGGAACCUGUCCAGAGUACAGAGGAAAGCUCUAAACUAACACAUCAGACUGAAACUCCAGCUGGGACAGAUUCAGGAGACAAGCAGCAAACUUUAGAUCACAAUGAACCAGAGCAAAUCAGGACAACAGCACGGUCUUGUGUCGAUCAGAGCACACAGACAGAGAAUGAGCCAGCAGUCAGGAUCUCCCAGUCAGUGUGCUGUUGUUCUAACAGGAGAGAAGAAGCAGGAGCAGAGCAGUUUAAAACCCAGUGUGUCCUCACCAGCAGUGCCAGCUCUGAUGCCCAUCAGGAGGAAGUCCAGUCCACACCACUGCACACCAGUCACCAGGUACCCCACAUGGCGCCUGUCAUAGCGGAGACUGGAACGGAAAAGCAGGAUGAGUCUAGGAACGUCAGCAGACCUCACGGAGAGAGGGGCCGGGAUUAUUACGAGUUUAAAGAGGAGAUUCAGUAUAUGAGAGCCAAAACACCAGAGCCCCAUCCUGCGAGUGAGGAUGAGAUGGACAUUGAUGAUGACACGGUUCGGCUAGAUUCCUACAACAGCGACCUGCAUUUUGAAGUGGGUGCGGACGGGAGCAGCGGUCAACCUUUACUCUGGGAGAAGUUCCCUCUGCUGCAUUCAGGGUGUCGACUGACCCACGGCUUUACUCGCGGAAAAGUGGGAUUCGAAUUCAAGUAUGUGAAGAGAUUAUCAGCAGCUACAGUUCCGAGCAUCGACCCUGAGCCUUAUGUCCUCAGAGUGGGCUGGUCUGUGGAUGGCUCCAGCUUUCAGCUAGGAGAGGAGGAGCUCUCGUUUGGAUUUGAUGGAGCAGGCAAAGCAGUGACAGGAGGAAAGUUGGAAAAAUUUGGAGAGCCAUUUUCAGAGGGUGAUGUCAUCGGCUGCUAUGCGUUCAUCAGCGAUGGCGGAGAGACAGAGCUAUCCUUUUCUAAAAACGGCCGCUUUCUUGGGGUGGCGUUUCGACUCCCUGGCUCCACCUUGGCAGGUCGUGCACUCUACCCACACGUCCUGUGCAAAAACUGCUCCGUUUCCCUGAACCUGGACUCUCAGGGUGUGACGUGGUAUCCUGGACCUCCUGGGUACUGCCCUUUACCCAUGCUUCCAUCUGCACUUCGGCCUCAAGCUCCACUUCCUCCAUCACACAGGAAGGACUGCGAGGUGCUGAUGAUGGUUGGCAUGCCAGGUUCUGGAAAGAGCCACUGGGCUGAGAGCCACAUGGCCAAGAACCCAGAGAAGCAUUACAAUUUGCUAAGCAUAAACCAUAUCCUUCACUGCAUGAAGCUGCCGAGCCAAGAACAGAAGAAUGUGCUGCUGCAACAGGCUACACAGUGUCUCACACACCUCAUCAGAAUAGCAGCAACCAAAAAGAGGAACUUCAUCCUGGACCAGGCGAACAUUUACCCGUCUGCUCAGAGCCACAAGUUGCUGAGUUUUUCCGGUUAUCAGAGAAAAGCGGUGGUGCUCGUCCCCUCGGAUGAGGAGUGGAAGAGACGUCUGCAGCAGAAAGAGCAGAGCGAGGGUGCAGUGCUGCCUGAAAUAUCACUGCUAAAAAGCAAAGCGAGUUUCUCCCUCCCGGAGCAGGGCAGUCUCCUGGAGGACAUCCUGUUUGUCGAGCUGUGCCGUGAAGAAGCCCAGAAACUCCUCUCAAGCUAUAAAGAGGAGGCCACACGUCUCCUACCUGCACCUGCGAAACGCAACAGGAACAAAAAACGUCCCCAUAAACGUCACAUUUCUGCACAUGGACUGAGCCAAAGCCGCAGUCAGUAUGCACAGCAGUCACAGUGGGGAUGCCAUAAACAAAAUGGAUGGAAUUUUUCUGCUUUUUCUCAGCCUUAUGGCUGUAACAGUGAUCCACAGCGGUACAGAGAUUACUAUCAGCCCUGCACCGAACAGUGGAACCUGGGUAACCAAAAUCAGAGCUACUAUGGUAACCAAAGCUAUUAUUUUGGCAACCAAGCUUUUUGGUAAAUCAUAACAGCAACCCAAUUAAAUGAUAUUUUACAUUCA